AUGUCUGCCGCUCGUACACAACUUCCUACACCUUCCACCAAGGCCUUUGAGGGCUCAAACUCUUCGUUGUUUGAGUUAGCACUCACAUCUUCGCGUUCCUGGUUAACUGCAUUUGCCCGGAGCUCAAUUCUUGCUGUCCUUAACGACGCAAUAGCUAUAGGCCACCUCACAAUAACCGACUCCGAAGGGGUUCACCACUAUGGAAAGUACAAGUCAGGUUGCAACGAUGUCUACCUCAAAGUCAACAACGACAAUUUCUGGUUUCGCGUGAUAUUAUCUGGCGAUCUUGGAUUCAGCGAGGCGUACAUGCUCAACGAUAUCGAGAUUAGCAACCUAAAAGGAGCGAUGGAUUUGUGGCUCGAUAAUCAAGCCGCCAUGGAGGACACACUCUCGUCUACCGUCGCCCGCAUUUCAUCGGCAGUAACAGGAUUUUCAAACCGUUUUGUGGGCCAAACGAAAGCACAAGCUCGUUUGAAUGCGAUUGCGAGUUACGAUCAGUCCAACGAGCUGUUCAAGGCUUUCUUGAGUAGAGAGAUGAUGUACUCGUGUGCCCUUUGGGAUGACGCUGAGGGAGGCGUCCUAGGUGACCUUACAAUCGGCCCAACUCCUGGAGACCUCGAGGCAGCUCAGAAACGGAAACUUCACCAUGUGCUCCGAAAAGCUCGCGUUAAACCUGGCCACCGCGUAUUAGAGUUCGGAAGUGGCUGGGGCGGUCUUGCUAUUGAGGCUGCCGGUACCUUUGGCUGCGAGGUGGAUACUUUGACCCUUUCAAUUAAACAAAAGGAACUCGCGGAGGAGCGUAUCAAGGCCGCUGGCCUUGAGGGACGGAUACGGGUUCAUCUGAUGGACUAUCGGGACAUCCCGAAAGAGUGGGAAAAUACCUUCGAUGCUUUCGUUAGCGUUGAGAUGAUAGAGCAUGUUGGCAGUAAACACUAUAACACAUACUUCAAACUGGUCGACUUUACUCUCAAACCACGGAACGCCACUGCUAUUGUGACUGGAUCAACCUUCCCGGAAGGACGUUACACUGGUUGCCAGUCUGAGGACUUCAUUCGCCGUUAUAUGUGGCCCAAUUCCUGCCUGCCAAGUGCGACUGUUCUUAUUACCGCAGCUGAGACUGGUGCAAAGGGCAGGUUCACUCUAGAAGGCGUCGAAAACCAUGCGGCGCACUAUCCACGUACCUUACGUGAGUGGGGUAGGAGGCUCGAAAGAAAUAUGACUCCCGAGAUUAUUUCGAAGGAGUAUCCCGAAUUGAACGACCCUGCGAACUACGACACAUUCAUGAAGAAAUGGCAAUACCUCUUUGCCUACGCUGGAGCUGGUUUCGCCAAGGGAUACAUCACCUGCCACAUGCUCACUUUCAGUCGGAAGAAUGACUCCCCUGCCAUGUGCGAUUGA